AUGCCGCGGCCGUCGCGCCUCCUGGCGCCCCUGCUGGGCCUGGGGCUGACCCUGAGCCUGCACGCGGCGGGAGCCACCGCCGACUGCGGGUCUCUGGGCCCCGCCGAGCGCCUGGUGUUCACCCCCGCGUCCCGCGCACGGUGGCUGGCCCCUCGCGUCCGCGCGCCGGGACCCCUGGACCCGCUCUACAGCACCGUGCGCCGCUUCCUCGCGGUGGUGCAGCUGAACCCCUUUCCCGCGGAGCUGGUGAAGUCGUUACUGAACGAGCCGGAGUCCGUGAAGGUGGAUGAGGUGGUGCGGUACCAGGCGGGCUACGUGGUGUGCGCCGUGAUCGCCGGCCUCUACCUGCUGGCGGUGCCCACCGCCGGGCUGUGUUUCUGCUGCUGCCGCCGGCGCCGGCACUGCGGGGGCCGCGUGAAGACGGAGCACAAGGGCCUGGCGUGCGAACGCGGCGCCCUGCUGGCCUUCCUGCUGCUGACCACCCUCGUGCUGCUGGUCGGCGUCGUGUGUGCCUUCGUCACCAACCAGCGCGUGCACCAGCACACGGGCCCCAGCGUGGAGGCCGUGCCCGAGACCCUGCUCAGCCUGCGGGGCCUGGUCGCCGAUGUCCCCCAGGAGCUGCAGGCUGUGGCAGAGCAGUUCUCCCUGCCCCAGAAGCGUGUCUUGGAAGACCUGGAUGGAGUUGGCCUGAACAUCGGCAACACAAUCCAUGCCCAGCUCAGGGGUACCGUGGAGCAUACACUGAACUCAGUGCAGAGCCUGGGUCAGGCCCUGCAGAUGUCUGUGGACCACCUCCGGGCGCUGAACGCCACCACCGAGGAGCUGAGGCAGGGCCAGCACACCCUGGAGCGGGCCGUGCGGGAGCUCCGGGGGCAGCUCGAGGCCCUGUUGCAGGAGGCAGGCUGCCGGGGCUGCACCUCUGCCCUGGGCCAGGCCCGGGCCCUGGAGCUGGGCGCUGACUUCAGCCAGGUCCCUGCUGUGGAGGAUGCCCUGCGCCGUCUCCAGGGCGUGCCCCGGGCCAACUUCUCCGAGAUGGUGCAGGAGGAGAACAACACCUUCAACGCCCUCCCGUUCCUGACCGCCCUCCAGGUGGCAGACAGGGUCCAAGAGCUGAGAAAGGUGGUGCAGAAGCAGCCCAAGGGGCUGAGCUCGCUGUCAGAGGGCUUCCCCAGCUGGGAGGCCGCCGCGCGCUGGAGCCAGGCGCUGGAGGACGUGGAACAGCGCAGCCGGCCCUACCUGAAGGAGGUGCAGCGAUACGAGAGAUACAGGUGGAUCCUAGGCUGCGUGCUGUGCUCCAUGGUCCUGCUGGUGGUGGUCUGUAACCUGCUGGGUCUCAACCUUGGCAUCUGGGGGCUGUGGGCCAGGGAGGACCCCAGCCACUCGGAAGCCAAGGGCGAGGCUGGAGCCCGCCUCCUUUUGAUGAGCGCAGGACUCAGCUUCCUCUUUGCCGCCCCUCUUAUCCUGCUGGUCUUCGCCACCUUCCUGGUGGGGGGCAACGUUCAGACCCUGCUGUGCCGCAGCUGGGAGAGCGGGGAGCUCUAUGAGUUCGCUGACACGCCAGGAAACUUGCCCCCUUCCAUGAACUUGACCCAACUUCUUGGUCUGAAGAAGAACAUCAGCAUUCUCCUAGCCUAUGAGCAGUGCCGGGAAGGAGCUGCGCUCUGGAAGGUUCUACAGCUCAAUGACUCCUAUGACCUGGAAAAGCACCUGGAUAUCAGCCAGUACACCGCCCAACUGAAGCAGGACCUGAAGAACCUCAGGGUGAAUGUUCAGAACUUGGAUCUGCUGAGCACAGACGCCCGCCGGGACCUGCAGGCCCUGCAGAGCAGCGGGAUCGAGCAGAUCCAGUACCCCAUCUUCCACAGCCAGCUGCAGAAGCCCGUGCUGACCACAGAGGUGGAGCGGCUGGCCGAGGCGCUGGACAGGCUGGCACAGGCUCAGGGGCCCACAGGGCUGCAGGCGCAGCUGCAGGAGAAGGCCCAAGAACUGAGGCGCCUCCACCAGCACCAAGUUGUCCCUCGGCAGGGACUUAUGGCCAUGCUCAACCUCAGUGUUGCAGUCCUGGAGUCCUUGGUACCUCGUCUCCAGCGGGAGACCUCGCAGACCCUGGACGCAGUGGCUCACCUCACUGGAGAGCUGCCGGCCUGGACAAACCGGAUCCUGAAGAAUGAGAGUGAGUGCUUCCUGGCCCGGGAGACUGGCUACCUCUCCCAGUACCUGGACUGGGUGAGAGAGGAGGUGACACAGCACAUCGCCACCUGCCAGCCUCUGUCUGGGGCCCUGGACAACAGCCGUGUGAUUGUGUGUGACAUGCUCACUGACCCUUGGAACGCCUUCUGGUUCUGCCUGGCUUGGUGCACCUUCUUCCUGAUCCCCAGCAUCAUCUUCGCUGUCAAGACCUCCAAAUACUUCCGUCCCAUCCGCAAACGGCUCAGCUCUACCAGCUCGGAGGAGACGCAGCUCUUCCACAUCCCCCGGGUCACCUCUCUGAAGUUGUAGACCUCAGCGGGG